CACAGCUGGUGGUGGACUGCCGGAGCACCUCGCUCUCUCUCUGCCUCUACAGGUUGGUGUCUGACUGGCGAUGACUCAAUGAAAUACAGCACUAAGCUGCGACUGCCAGACCCUCCCCUGUAGUCUCCCCCUUUGCUGUUCCCAGCCGCUGCACCUGGAAGCGUAUAGAGAGAACAGAGCAGAAGAGCAGCUGCUGGACCGAUGGAGAAGAAGCAGGGAUCUUCUCAUCAGUACGGUUCACUGGAGCGCACCGAAUGGAGCAGAGGCACCAACAAACCAGAGGACGACGUGGUGUCCAUGGCAGACUCCACCAUCACCGUGGACGACAUUGAGGGGGAGCUUUUUAAGAUUGAGAGGAUCAGAGACAUCCUGGUCAGGAGGGAGUCAGAGCUCAGAUACAUGAUGGAUGACAUUCAGCUGUGCAAGGAGAUCACGCGUCUGAAGAAGGAGCUGCAGAAAUUAGUGUCCAUACCAGAUAAUGACAAGUCCAAUGAGGACCGGCAGAAGGAGGAAGAACUACUGCAGCAGAUCCACAAGCUGGUCGAGACCAGAGAUUUCCUGGUGGACGAUGUGGAGUUUGAACGACUCAGGGAGAAAGAGGAAGAUAAAGAAAUGGCAGAAUUUCUGAAGUCCAAAUUCCCAAGAAAUAUGAAGAAGAAAGUAUGGUUUCUCUGGGCUUCAGGUGUACCAAGCAGACGGGUGCCACCCAGGGCUCAGCAGACCUCUUCUCCCUUCACCAAGACAGGCCUCACCCUGCUGAGGGAGUGCUGUGGCUUCACAUGCUCCAUCAUGUAGACUGCAAUCAAAAUGGAUGGGCCCCACUGCAGGGCUGACACAGAGGGCCACAAACCAAAAUUGGCCUCUCUGCAAGAGUCAGUAUUUCCAGUUUCAGCUUUUAAGUUCAAGACAGACUUUGAAGCAUGGAUGGAGCAGUACCGAUGCAAGUUAAGAAUUUCUACGCUGAAGAGCAAAAGGAUGUCGCAAAGAUCAUGUGGUGUGUUUUCCAUGCCAAUAUUCGAGUUUGUCUCAUGUUGGAUCAUAUUUGUCUCUUUCGUUGGAUUUAGUGUCUAGUUUUGUUUCUGUCUCUGCUCUAUGUGUCUCUCAUCCCACUCCUGUUUUUUUAUUUUUACUCUCGUUAAUCACUGCUCAGCCAUCUUCUACUUCUUAUUAACAGCUUCUAGAAGGAACAACCCAACAUAUGGUAUUUAUUUCUCUUUUUCAGGCUGAGAGGACAGGGUUUUAAGGACAGAAACAGCAUAGCACAAGUCAGGCAUGUAUUGUGUACACACUAAUUGGAUUCAACUACCAUGACACGCCUACAAGUUUUAUAUUUAAAGACUUCUCUGAGCUAUGAAAACUGUCAUCCCCUCAUUAAAAAACUAGCUGUUUUGUUGGAGUCAGCAGGGCAGUCUAGACACACUGCUGGCACUUCAUAAUCGGCAUUAAGGAGAUAACACUAAUGAAACUGACAUUAAUCAGGAGCUGUUAGGAUAAAGUUGCCUGUGAUUUGACACCUGAUCUAAAUGGAUACAACCUUUUAAAAAAGGGGAACUGCCCAUUGGUUCGACAGCCCAUUGUUCCGAACAUAUCAAACUCAUUGUUCCUAAGUCCGUUCCGAAAUCAUCAUGAUGCCCUGUGGUUAAGGUCUGGUUAGGUUUAGGCACAAAAACCACUUGGUUAGGGUCAGGAAAAGAUCAUGGUGUGGGUUAAAAUGAAAAAGAAAGUGACAAAUACAUAAGCUGUGAGCCUGCUCCGUCUCAAGCCGGUCGCGGCGCACCAUACGCCCGCCGUGAGCCGUUCAGCACCGCGGACAGUCGGACUAAUGGGAUGUCGAACCAAUGACAUGGACCCUAAAAAAGUGGAUGUUUGAAAAGAAACAACGGAUGUCUCAUUGUGCUCUGUGUUUCUUUAAAGGAGCUCUAUAUAAUAUUCAGAGCAUUAGAGCAGCAAACCACUGUUCACAAAGUAAAGACAGAGUGGAAUAUCGGCGUCCUGAGCACAGAAUGAAGUCACGGUCCCUUUGUAUUUGUUGUAUCCACGCUUUUCUGUUCUUUGUUGUGCUGGCCGGUCUGGCUGCGUGUGCAUGUUAGUGCAUGUCUGUUCUUGUUUAUUUCACUGGCAAACUCUUUGUCACCAUUCUGCACUGCACUCAUAUGGUGGUUACAGCUGAUAUCGGGACGGUAUCAUAGUGGAAGUGUAGCACCCACCCUCUAGAUCCCCCUAGUAAAGACUGUUUGCUCAGUCAACACUGUUGCUGUUGUUAGCACUGUUUGUUGUGUUAGCACCGUUAGCUGGUCACUGCCAGCUCAGCCACUGCCAUGUUGAGAGUCGCGUGCAGACAACCUCUGAAUCAUAGAUAUGCUCUGAAUAUCAUAUAGAGUCAUUCUUAGUCCAUUGUGAUUAUUUUCUAUCAUCCAUAUGCAUGUUUUGACAAAUGAAAUGGAUCGUCACGCAGCUGACACUGGAGACCACUAGACCUAACACACUCUAGUGGAAGACAGCCACUAAGCCUCACUUGACAGUGUCUUGAGUAGGUACUUUAUGUUUCAUAUUAAUCUACUGGCCAGGGGCAAAACUCUUAAGUCCAUUUCCACAAAACAUAAGUAUUAUAUAUUGGUUACCACCCUCUAAUUUAUCAGUUUAAAUGGCCUGAGUAUUUACCUAUAGAAUGUGUAAGGCUCUUGAAUAGUCAAUGGCCCAGGCAUCCAUUACACUGGGCACGGGGAUGUGGUGGCCAAUCAAACUACAGAGUACAUCUGUGUUGCCAAGAGGAAUAGUCGCCAUAGCAACCUUGUAUACCCCAUAUCUUUACAAUGAGACAAUGAGGAAGGUUGGAUGGAUCGGAGAGAUGAGACCUCACAGAUGUGACAAAAACAAAUACUCGAGCGCCAUCAAGGCUACCUAAUGAAAGGCAACCAGGAGACAGAAUAAUGUUACUGUUGUGAUUUUGGUGAUUUUCAUGUUUUGGAUUCACUCUGGGGAUAACACAGCCUACUUAGCAUUCCAAAAAAUGGAUCAUAAUUGAACCUCUCUCUAGAAGAAACAAGAUUGAAGAUGAACACACAGCUGCUUUGCUUGACUGGAAAGUAGACAAACACAGUUUUUACAGCAGAUGAAAUUGAGUGUCUCUUAAAUUGAAUCAUUAUAGAUUAUAUAUUUCUCAGUUUUUCUAGUUUGUAUCUUUUCACUUUUUGACAGAGCAUUCUCUUGUAUGUUUAUUCCCAUCCAGUCCUUGGGAUUGAUACAGCUGUCUCUUUUGUUCAAUCACUGGAUCUCUUGAUAUUCAGUCUCUCAACACUGUCAUAGAAGCUUUGGGCCACAUAUCACCCAGCAACCAUGUGUGGUGCUGUCAUGGAGGUCCACAGGGGAAUGAGAUGUGUGCCAGUACUGUUGAAAUAGCAGCCAUGGUAGGAAAAGUAGCAGGAAAGGAUUUCAUCCUCUUAUAUAUGUGAGUUCAAAUAAACACAAGAAAUUUGUGCUCUAAUGUUUAUUUGAACUCACAUAAGAGGAUGAAAUCCUUUCCUGCUAUUUUUAAACCAUUUUGCCAAAAACAGAACUACUAUAUUUGUAACAUAAGGGUGUUUUUUCUCUUUCUAAAGACAGUGAUUGUGCUAACUUACAGUACAAAUGUCUGGGAAAUACAAUAGCUAUCACCGGAAGCAAAGUAAUCAGUAUACAGAAAUUAACUACGCUAUGGGUCUGUUCCCAAGGUUAAGCAGCAUAGUGAAUAAAUAUAGCUCUUUGCCUUGACAAGGACAUUAAUCCAAUCAGUAAUUAUUAUUUGGUGUGGGGACUUUAAGUGUUUGAUAUGUUUCUGUUCUUCACUGUUCACAUUUAGACAUGAAACCAGCUGCUCACACUGGCUGGAGGGUGUGUUACAUCCCCUGACUGUGCUCUGCACAAGUCAACCAAGGAUUUAAGAAUUUUUUUGAGGAAAAUUCUUAGAGACAUGAAACAGACACAUGGUCUCUUAGGAGAGAUGCAGUGUCGCAGGAGAGGCAGUCAGAGAGAGAAAAUGAUAUAAGGAGAGAAGCUGAAUUGGCUGAAAGCAGGGGAGUUAAAGAAAAAGAGAAAGAAAGAGAGAGAGUGGGAGGGCACAAAGUUAGGGGGGGUCUAAUCUUCAGUGUGAGUCAUCCUUUGCGAAAACACUGCGAGUUCCCACAAGGGCAGCUCUCGGUGAACGCUACGUGAAAAGGGCACAGCUGUCAUUCAAACACCAUAAUCCUGUACACCGUCUGCACAGCUCAGUGUGUGUAAGAGGACACAGUACAAUGUGUUUGUAUACAUGUGUGUGUGAUGAGUAAAUAAAUGAGAAAGAAAAUAUGUGUACCUGUGCUCGUUAGUGUGCCAAGGAACAGGAGGAUGAUAACGAGAGGUACAGUAGCUGUCACUGCUUUGUUACUAUGGUUACUGUGAUUUGAUGGCAUACUCUCACUUCUUGUUUCAUUUCUUCAUGUCAUGUAAUAAACUCUGUUGAACUGUGAUGCAAGGCUGCAUGUGCUGAAAUUGCCAGAAGACUAUAAGGACCUGUUUUUAUAAUGUUCGGGGUACAGGGUUCUUAAAUGUUCCAGUUAAAGCUGCAAAUGAA